AAGGAAAAAAAGCAAGAAAGUAAAUACUAAUACAGCACAACGCAAAAGACUCUGCCUAUAGAAAUCAAAUUAAUAUUGUGUAGGGGUUGGGUUUAAGCUACAACUUUGAAGGCGACCAGACAGCCCCACUCCACAGGUGGUCUCUCGACUUUCUCUCCCUGUGGGUUGUGGGCAAAGAAAUUUAUAGCAAUUCCCUUCUCGGAUCCAGCUGUUUUUCACGUUUGCAGCUUAGAGUAUGAUCUUGUGAUGUGAUGAGUUUAUUAUUAUUGGGGCAAAAUGACCAGAUUAGUUGAACGGCUAAUGUAGACACAGACUUCACCAUCUGGUUGUUGGAAGCUUCUUUUAGUAUGUUGACCAAACUUGUGUGGUUCAAAAUCAAUUAUUUGACUUGAAAAAUUUGUUUUCCUAGUUGUUGGAGAGGAUAACUUCGACUAGGUAGUCAGUGUAUUCGAGGUUGGGGAAACGGAAGUUGAGAUCUUUAUUGGUAUUCUCUGGUUAUAUUGGGUUCAGUUCUCGUAUGGCUGUUGCCAAGAGCAACAGCAACACUGAAUCAUCAUUUUAUACAUCAUGUUGCUAUAAAGUUGCAAACUUGAGUGGGACCAUUUUGGAUGCAAGUCAUACUGCUAAUCUGUAUGAUCGUUACAUUCUUGGAGAACAGCUGGGCUGGGGGCAGUUUGGGAUAAUCAGGACAUGCUCUGACAAGUUUAACGGAGAGGUGUUGGCCUGCAAAUCAAUUGCAAAAAAUAGAUUGGUGACUCAGGAGGAUGUGCGAAGUGUCAAGCUUGAAAUUGAAAUAAUGACCAGGCUUUCUGGCCACCCAAAUGUUGUAGAUCUCAAGGCGGUUUACGAGGAAGAAGAUUGUGUACAUCUAGUAAUGGAGCUUUGUGCUGGGGGAGAACUUUUCCACCAGCUCGAGAGGCAUGGUAGAUUUUCUGAGGCUGAAGCCAGGGUUCUCUUCCAUGACCUAAUGGAAGUGGUGAUGUACUGUCAUCAUAAAGGCAUUGUACACAGAGAUCUUAAGCCAGAGAACAUUCUUUUGGCUACAAAGGGUUCUUCGUCUCCGAUAAAAUUAGCUGAUUUUGGUCUCGCAACUUACAUCAAGCCAGGUCAAAAUUUGCAUGGUACUGUUGGCAGCCCAUUUUAUAUAGCUCCUGAGGUCCUGGCAGGAGGUUAUAAUGAAGCAGCUGAUAUCUGGAGCACUGGUGUUAUUCUUUACAUUCUUCUUAGUGGAAUACCACCAUUUUGGGGGAAGACAAAGUCAAAGAUCUUUGAUGCUGUCAGGGCAGCGGAUUUGCGGUUUCCGUCUGAUCGCUGGGAUACAAUAUCAUCUUCAGCAAAAGAGUUGAUUAAAGGAAUGUUAUGUACGGAUCCUUCCCAGAGGCUUACACCUCAGCAAAUUCUAGAUCAUGCUUGGGUACGGGAUAUCUCACCGCAUUUUGAUGGGCCAUGCCUAAAAGUGCAUUCAGAUGAAGGCUCCUGCUGCUCUUCUCUCAUGACUCGGAAUCAGGAUAUCAGUUUUGGUCCAGGUUCUGCUGUUCUAAUUGAUGCCCAAUCGCCAAAAUUCACAUGCAAAUCAUCAUUUUCUACUUUACUAACCGAACAAUCAACAACUUCCUAUGGAUCCGCUGUAUUCUCAUUCAGUGGUACUAAUGGAUCAAAUGGCCAUGACUUUGCUUCUCCUGUUCUAACGCUGCCUAGUUUUACAUUCUUCGGCUCGAAUUCAGUUGUUGAUCAAGGGAUGCCAGUGUGGGAAAGGUGUUUAUGUUGUCAGAUUCUCCUGUAUGCUUUGAGCAAGUGGUAAGAGAUAAGACAACCGAAGUUAGAAAGAGCGGAUCCAAUGGAUCUAGAGCCUUAGGCAUCCAGAGCAGGAGGAACCACACAAUUGGUCUUGGUGAAUUUGAGCAGAUUGAUAUUGUGGUGACCGAAACAGUUAUCCGAUGGGCAUCGUGCACAUGUCUUCCUACCGCCACAUCACUCAGGUCUUCUCUUGUCUGCUGAAAGUGUAGGUGACUUUUAUGGCUUAACUUGUCAGUAGCUUGUGCUGAGAAAAUGAGUUUGUUAACCUUGAUGUUCACUUAAUGAGGUCAUGUAACAUGUUAGAUUCACGAGCUUCUGGACUAAACUGUCAAAGCUUAUUCGCAACUCACAAGUUUGAUUUUGGUAAAAUGCCGUACCAUAAAAUGAUGUUUUCUUGAGUUACAAAGCUUUUGUCCAUUGUUAAUGUGAAGGAGAGUGAGUCAAUUGCUUCUGUUCUGAUAUUCAAUGAGUUUUGCAUGGA